UCGCUGGAGCCCUCGACGGCUGGACGCCUGGAGCCCUUGACGCCGUCACGACGACGGCUCGACGCCUCGUCCUGCCUCGUCCCUUGGUUGCUCUCGCUCGGUCCAUGGUCCUUACUCCUUAGACUGAUCCGAUUUCAGAUUCAGGUCGACUAAGCGACAGGCCACUGCUGCGGUGCCGCCAUUGACUUCCUUGACUCCUUUCUUAAAUUUCAGACUCGUCGACGUCAUCUCAUCGGAUUGAUCGGUGGCCGAUGCUAGCCUUCAGGGAUCGUUACUUUAUUAGAGAUUGGUUCUUACUUCUUACCUCCUCGGUUAGAGAUCACAUAACCGAAAAUUAGUAAUACAGAUUUGAGUCAUCAUGGGGAAACAUCAGUCGGGUUCCUAUAAGCGCAAGAAAAAAGCAGAAGAAGAAAAUUUAAUUAAUAAAUGUUAUAAAGGUGGUAUGGACAGAUUUGUUAAGAAAAAAGCACCGGAAGUGUCAUCUGGUAAUCAGUCUAUUGAUCCGUCUACCCUUACACUUGCAAUUGUUCCUUACAAUGAUUCUAGAGAUAGUCAGACAGAGACACAUAAUAUGGACAUAGAGGAAGAUAAUAUUGAUGUUAACUUGAAUAGUUCACCUCAUGAGGAUGUUGAUGAUUCUUUUCGGUCUGAUAUAUUUGAUCCAAGAAACUGGGAUUCUCUUAAUUCUAAACAGAUUGAUAUCUUAGCACAGAAGGGUCCAAAAACAGACAAGUCAGUGAAAGGCCCCAAAGAUAGAUAUCAUAAAAGGUUUACUUCAGCAUUCUAUAAUAGAAUCCUAUCAAAUGGAGAGUAUUGUGAUAGAGACUGGCUUGUUUAUUCUGAACAACUUGAUAAGAGUCUUUUGCUUUGGUUGUAAAUUAUUUACAAAAGGUCAUCGGAAAGGUCAGUUGGCAAAUGAGGGCUGUAAUGAUUGGUCACAUAUGACCAAUAGACUAAAAGAUCACGAGACAAGUGUGGAUCAUGUUUCGAGUAUGACUAAUUGGUAUGAGUUGCGUAGUAGAUUGGAAAAACAUAAAACUAUUGGUAAAGCUACUCAACGACAACUUGAGAAAGAGAAGAACCAUUGGAGAAAGGUAUUAUUCAGAAUUGUUUGCAUUGUAAAAUUUCUUGCAAAGCAUAAUCUAGCAUUCCGUGGUACUAAAGGCAAGCUGUAUGAAGAUAUCAAUGGUAAUUUCUUGGGUUUGGUAGAGAUGUUGGCUGAAUUUGACCCCGUUAUUCAGGAGCAUGUUCGUCACAUUACAAAUGAAGAAACACAUGCUCAUUAUCUUGAUCAUAAGAGUCAGAAUGAAUUGCUACACUUGCUUGCUUCUUCUAUUAGGUCUGAAAUUAUCAAGAAAAUAAAGAGCUCAAAGUAUUUCUGUCAUACUUGAUUGUACCCCUGAUGCAAGUCACCAAGAGCAAAUGUCUUUAAUUAUAAGAUAUGUGGAUUCAUCUUCAAGUCAAGUUUGCAUAGAAGAGUCCUUUCUAGGAUUUCUAGAUGUAAAUGAUACAACUGGCCAAGGACUUUUCGAUGUGCUAGAGAAGGAGCUAAAACUUCUUGAUCUUGAUAUAAAUGAUGUGCAUGGACAAAGUUAUGAUAAUGGAUCAAAUAUGAAAGGAACACAUCAAGGGGUACAAAGGAAACUUUUGGAUGUAAAUCCUAGAGCUUUUUAUCCGGCUUGUGGUUGUCAUAGCCUUAACUUAACACUUUGUGAUAUAGCCAAGACUUGUGGUAGAGCAAAGGACUUUUUUGGAAUCAUCCAAUGCAUCUAUACAAUUUUUUCCAAUUCUACUAAGAAAUGGCAUAUUUUGGAAGAAAACGUAUCAGGAUUGACUCUCAAGUCUGUGUCAGCUACGCGUUGGGAGAGUCGUGUUGAAAGUGUUAAAGCUAUCAGAUUUCAAUGUUCAGACAUUCGGGAGGCUCUACUUCAGGUAUCCGAAACUGAUAGUGAUCCAAAGGCAAGCAGUGAGGCUCUAGGUUUGGCAAAUAAUGAACUCGGAGAGUAUGAAUUUAUCGUGGCAAUAGUCAUUUGGUAUGAGGUAUUGUUUGCUGUUAAUUUAGUAAGCAAAAACUUGCAAACAAAGGAUAUGCUUAUUGAUGUUGGUAUUGAGAAAGUGAAAGGGCUUAUUUCUUUCUUCGAGGGGUACAGGGAAACUGGUUUCUUAGAAGCAUUGGAGAUAGCCAAAGAAAAUGCACUUGAGAUGGAUAUUGGUGCAACACUUCAUAAAAGGAGAGAAAUUAAAAGAAAGAAACAGUAUGAUGAGAACCCAGACGACACAAAUAUUGCCACACGGUCUGCAGAGGAAUCAUUUAGAAUCAACUAUUUUACACAUGUUGUCGAUCAAGCAAUUUCCUCACUCACAAGGAGAUUUGAGCAAUAUGAAGGUUACCAGAAAUUUUUUGGUUUCUUAUUUAGCUCUGAAACAUUGCGUUCAUUGGAUAAGGAUAGUUUGAAAUCUUCAUGUGUUAAUCUUGAGGCUGCCCUUAUGAAGGAUAAACAAUCUGAUAUUGAUGCCAAUGAUCUGUUUGUUGAGUUGAAGUUCCUUCAAAAUUUCAUGCCAAAAGAAAAUACCGGACCUGUUGAAAUUCUGAAUUUUUUAAAGCGGCACGACUGUUUUCCCAAUGCAAGUAUUGCAUAUAGAGUUCUGUUGACCAUUCCUUUGACAGUUGCAUCGGCAGAAAUAAGUUUUUUUAAGUUGAAGCUAUUGAAGUCCUAUAUGCGUACUACUAUGACACAACAAAGACUCAAUGAUUUGGCCACAAUAGCACUUGAGAGUGAAGUGUUGGAGAAGAUUGAUUACGAGGAUAUCAUUAAAGAUUUCAUUUCAAAGAAUACUAAAAGAAUGAAGUUUUUCAAAUAAAUAGCAGCCAGGAGUU